AUGGGCUACGACUUCACCGUCUACAAAGGCUCCAAAGACGGGUCCAUCCAGAAAUCAAGCACGCAUCGGGAUGAACUCCAAAAAGACCAAGUGCUCGUACGCGUGACACACUCCGGGGUCUGUUUCACAGACGUGCACUACCGGCAUGCGGACAUGGCGCUGGGCCACGAAGGCGCGGGCGUGGUCGAAGCAACGGGGCCGGAAGUGCAAGACCUCAAGAAGGGCGACCGGGGCUCGUUCGCGUCGCACGCCGUGUGGCGCGAGUCGUUCCUGUUCCCGAUCCCGGCCGGAAUCAAAAACGAAGACGCGGCGCCGCUGAUGUGCGGCGGGUCGACAGUGUUCAACGCGCUGCAUGUGGCGCAGGUGCGGCCGACCGCGCGCGUGGGGAUCAUCGGCGUCGGGGGUCUGGGUCAUUUGGCUAUUCAGUUCGCGGCUAAGAUGGGCUGUCAGGUCGUGGUAUUCUCCGGGAGUGAUAGUAAGAAAGACGAGGCGACGAAACUGGGCGCUACGGAGUUCUAUGCGACUAAGGGCGUGAAGGAGCUGAAGGUCGAAAAGAAGUUGGACAACCUCAUUGUCACUACUAGCAGUCAGCCGGACUGGAAUCAGUAUGUUAGCGUCUUGAAUCCGGGGGCAGCGAUUUCGCCGCUGUCGGUCGACUUGGAGGAUUUCAAGUUCCCGUAUAUGCCGCUUUUGGCCAAUGGGUUCAAGGUCUUGGGCUCGAUCGUCUCGGCGAGACAGGUCCACCGUGAUAUGUUGGAUUUUGCGGCCUUCCAUGGUAUCAAGCCUAUUAAUAUGACUUACCCGAUGACUAAGGAGGGCAUCGAGGAUUGCUUGAAGACGUUGGAGGAGGGCAAGAUGAGGUAUCGGGGGUUGCUCAUUGCACAGUAG